AAAAACGCAUUGGUAGCUGUUAGGACGUUUGGAAAAUCAUGAACCCACAGGUAGGCCUAGUUAAGAAAGAGGAUACUGUGCCGCGACUGCAGUUGUUUAACUGCUCUUAUGCUGAAUGUGGCGCGACAUUCACUCGACAAUGGCGUCUGCUGGAGCACGAGACUGUGCACACUGGUGCGCGACCUCACAAGUGUGCAUUUGUGGAAUGUGGACGCAGCUUCACCCGUAAGUCGCAUCUGACUCGGCACGUUUCGGUCCACAGCAGCGAGAAAAACUUCAAGUGCACUGCCGCUGCAUGUGGCAAAAGCUUCUACGCCGCAGAUAAACUUAAGAGGCACGUGCGUUACGCGCACAGCGAAAAACGCGAUUACUUCCAGUGUAAAGAACGUCAGUGCACAAAGAUGUUCAGGAAAAGACGAGCGUUAAAACUGCACCUGGCGACGCACGGUACUUCAAGUUUCAGAUGCUCGAAAAGCGGCUGUGGAAUGAGGUUUAAGUCUCACGUUGCGCGGAAAGCUCAUCAUAGAAGACACACAGGUUAUCGCUGUCUUUAUGCUGAAUGCCCCAUCAGUGUGCACAACUGGACUAAUUUACGGAAACACAUGGCGAGUCACCCAGCAUCAUUCUGCUGUAUGGUAUGUCAAAAGGCCUUCCGAAAACGUGAUGCCUUGAGGAGGCACAAGCGGACUCAUGCCUUGCAGAAACCAGUUUUGGUAUGUCCCAGUCAAGGUUGCCAGGCAUACUUUUCCACAACCUUCAAUCUGCAGCACCAUAUUCGAAAGGUUCAUCUGCAGCUGCUCUCACACCGUUGUUCCUUCCCUGGCUGCAGCAAGACUUUUGCCAUGCGUGAAAGCCUCGUCCGCCACAUGUUACAUCAUGAACCUGAUGUGGUCAAACUCAAGCAUCCACAUAAGCGGAGCAGUAAGAGUUGGCAGAAACGAUUGGAAGGGCGAAAUCGACGUCCUCUGGUUGAAGACCUUCACUCUCUCUUUUCAUUGCGCAUGAACAUCACUCAGAGGGCCAAACUGGAAGCUGAUCUGACGGGCCUGUUUAAUGAGCGCAAAAUCCCACACCACAUUGAUCCUGAAGUAAAUCUGCGAGAUCUUUUCAGUAUUCGGGCGACUCCAAAGGUGGUUGAUCAAAAAAAAUAAACCCCCACACACUUUUUUUUUAAAUACUGUGCUGACAUGCACUCAGUUUGAAAAUGAUGUUUUGUUUAAUGUUAGUACUCGGAAGUACAGAUUUUGUUAUUGGACUACUGAGAGCAGAAAUUAAGUUUUUGUGAGUUUAAGUUCUCUAUGGUAAAUAAAAGUAGUUCUGUUCUGUCA